GGCAGGAAUUGAACCCGGGUCCCUGGUACUGUGAGGCAGCAGUGCUAACCACUGAGCCACUGUGCCACCAAUUGAGCCAGCGUGCCGUUUUAACUUUCUGUCACCUUGUUAUCCACUAACCAAUGUCAUUAUUAUUUGACAGCCUGAAGCUGUCUUUUCUGGCAGUGUUAUAUUUUAAUUAGCACUUAAGCACACAAUGCUCCCGUGUCUAUUCAGGAAGUCUGAGCAAAUGGCAUUGACCCUCUGUCAGAUCUUGCUGUAUUCAGUUGCCCUCUGUUUGCAUAUAACUUUCAGAUUAUUCUCAGUGCCAGAUUAUCCAGUAUACAUAACACAUUAAAUGAAAGAAAACCAGGUAGUUGGCUAUCCGAACGUUUUCUUUCACUUGACCUCAGUUGGACCAGAUGGCAGCAGGAAAGGAGAAUGAUUGUGUUGUAGGCGAAGCCAAUGAUGUUCUGAAGGAAAAGAGACCAAAGUGGGACAAUAAGUUUCAAUAUGUCCUGAGUUGUGUAGGACUUGCUGUGGGACUGGGAAAUGUAUGGAGAUUCCCCAACCUCUGUCAGACGUAUGGAGGUGGAGCCUUUUUAAUCCCAUACAUUAUCGCACUGAUCUUUGAGGGGAUUCCAAUACUUCACAUUGAAUUGGCAAUCGGACAGAGGCUCCGGAAAGGCAGUUUUGGUGUCUGGAACUCCAUCUCCCCCUACCUGGCAGGAGUCGGCAUCGCUUCCUUGCUGAUUUCCUUUCUGUUGUGCAUGUACUAUAACACCAUCCUUGCUUGGAUACUCUGGUACCUUUUUCAUUCGGUCGAGGAACCAUUGCCAUGGAAAAACUGUCCUUUAAACAACAAUGGAACAGGCUUUGUUGAAGAGUGCGAGCAGAGCACUCCAGUGGACUACUUCUGGUAUAGAAACACUCUGAAUAUCAGUCCUGAAAUUACUACAAAAGGAGAAGGCCAACUAUGGUGGCUGGUUGUAUGUCUUAUUGCUGCUUGGCUGAUUGUAUACGCUUGUGUCAUAAGAGGAAUUGAAACUAUGGGAAAGGCGAUCUACUUCACUGCAACUUUCCCUUACCUUGUACUUGUCAUUCUCCUUGUACAAGGAUUAACAUUGCCUGGGGCCAUUCAUGGUUUGACCUACUUAAUUACUCCAGAUCUGAAGGUUUUGACCCAGCCAAGAGUGUGGUUAGAUGCAGCAACCCAGAUAUUUUUCUCGUUGUCUUUGGGUUUUGGAGGACUUAUUGCAUUCUCCAGCUAUAACUCACCAAAAAAUGACUGUGAGGUGGAUGCGGUAACAGUAGCUGUUAUCAACAGCAUUACAUCGAUUUUUGCUUCAGUCCCCAUCUUCUGCAUUCUUGGGUUUAAGGCAACCACCGCUUAUUGGGAUUGCUUAGAUUCCAAUAUACUGCUUAUUUCAAAUGAAUUUGAAAUUCAGGAUGGAAAUGUUACACGAGAUAAUUACUUUAGUUGGAUGAAUGGUCUAAAUGUUACCCAUCAUGACAGAAUCUUGGCACUUACUCUGAAAAGUUGUGUCCUGAAAGACUUUCUUGAUCAGAGUACGUCUGGUACUGGCCUUGCCUUUAUAGUUUUUACUGAAGCAAUUGUUCGAAUGCCUGUAUCCCAGGUAUGGGCGGUUCUGUUUUUCGUCAUGCUAUUCAACCUGGGCCUGUCUUCCAUGCUUGGCAAUGUAGUGGGCAUUCUUACUUCAUUGUUAGAUCUAAAGAUAUUCCCAAAAUGUGUUCCCAAAGAAAUUAUUUCAGCCAUAAUAUGCCUGAUAUGCUUUUCAGUAGCACUUACUUUCACAACAGCAUCUGGGAGUUACUGGCUGACAAUUUUUGACAAUUAUGGAACUGCUCUGCCUCUUCUGAUCGUUGCCUUCUUUGAGCUGAUUGGGGUGAUUUAUGUUUAUGGGUUUCAUAAAUUCUGUGAUGAUUUGGAGUUUAUGACUGGUCGACGACCGAACUUUUACUUUCAAGUGACCUGGAGAUUUAUCAGCCCUUUACUGUUGCUUUCAGUCUUUGUGGCCUUUGUUGCAAUUGAAGUUCAAUCUCACCUGUCGUAUGAGGCCUGGGAUCCUAAUUACAAUGCCAAUCAGAUCAAGAUCCCGCGUUCUUAAGAACACAGCAGUGGAAAGACUGUACGCAUCGAGUUCCAAUCUGAUUGAAGAUAAUGUAAGUGAUCUAAAAAGGAGAAAUCCUAGCUUCAGAGAAUAUAUGGUCAUUUUGUGAAGCAAAGUAAUAACAAUGGCUCGUGUUCAAUUCCUAAACCAGCUGAGGUUACCAUGAAGAAUUCUCCUCAACCCCUCCCUCACCUGAGGCAUGGUGACCCCCCCGGUUGAACUGCCACCAGUCAUCUCUCUCUAUGAGACAGCAGCCCUGUGGUCUGGAAAGAUUAUGGCAAUUUGACCUUUAUUUGGAAAGAAAUCAGAGGUAUUUAAUGACAAGAUGGAGUAACCCCAGUUUUUAACCUUGGUUAUUGUACCUUGACCUCAGUGGAGUCUGAUUGUGGUGUCUAAAAUAAGUAGGGGAUUAGCAUGCAAAUGGUGAAUAAUUCUUACAGGCACUAGAGGGGUAAGGGGUCAUGAUUAAAAUUCCAACUACACCAGUGAUAAAACAAAUUCUAAAGAAAAACGAAUCUUCAGAUGAGGACUCGAGAAUAAAUUGGCAGGAUGAGGUGAAUGAGAAUGGGCGAGCUGCUCUUGCAGAGAGGGAGGACAGAUAUGAUGGGUCAACUGGCCUUUUUUAUUGCAGUUACCUUCUGUGAUUCUAUACUGAGUGGGAAGGCUGUAGAUGCAAAUAACCGAGAUUUGAAAUGUGCGAAGGAAUUGAGGGACAUGAGGAAAGGUCAGGGCAUUGAGCUUAAAAGAAAGAAUGGCCAAGGUUAACAAUUAGCUUGCUGUUUCUGACAAAGUAACGUUUUUCAAAAAUACAUGAACGCUUUACUAAUUAUUUAUGUUAAACCAACAGGUGGAGUUCCCAAAGAAGGAAGAAAAGGAAUACACGGGUUGGGUGGAAUUUAUCUGUGCUUUCUUGGUCAUACUGUCCUCUAUAUUUAUUCCA